AUGUCUGACGUUCAGAAGCCUGUUGAGGAGACCCCCGCGGUCGUUCCCGCUACUGAGCCUGUUGCUGAGGCUCCUGCUGCCACCGAGACCCCGGCUGUUGAGGCCCCCAAGGAGGAGGCCGUGCCGGAGACUGCGGCUGACGAGACUACUGCCACUCCCGAGGUCGUUGAGACUGCUGAGGCUGUGAAGGAGGAGGUCAAGCCCGCCAGCGAGGGCACCCUUGGCUACAAGGCCCCCGGUUUGGUCAAGGGCCUGCGCUUCGCCAAGCGUUUCUUCUACUUCAACGACGAGGCUGUCGAGGCCAAGGACCUCACCAGCUUCCACCAGAACGAAAAGGCUGCCGUCGCCAACCCCAUCGCCGCGUGGGCUAGCCAGACCGGCAAGGGUCUGCUGUUCUUCACCAAGCGUGCUGAGGACAAGGCCCAACCCGGCUGGAUUAUCAACCUGGCCGAUGUCUCCGAUGUGACCAAGGAGGGCUCCAAUGAGUUCCAGUUCAAGAUUGCUGGCCAGAAGCACACCUUCCAGGCCCCUAGCGCCGCCGAGCGCGACAGCUGGGUUGUCGCCAUCGAGGCUAAGUCCGCCGAGGCCAAGGCUGAGAAGGAGACCAUCACUUCCGGCGAGGGCUACAAGGCCGAGCUCGAGAAGCUGACCAAGCCCAUUGUUGCCGCUGUUGUGGCUAAGAAGCCCGAGGACAAGAAGGAGGAGACCGCUGCUCCCAAGGAGGACAACGCUGAAGAAGCCACCCCCAAGGAGGAGAAGAAGGAGUCCGCCAAGUCUCGUUCCCAGUCUCGCAAGCGCUCUAGCAUUUUCGGCUCCCUCCUCGGCAAGAAGGAGGAGGCUGAGGAGAAGAAGGAGACCGCGGAGGAGGCUAAGCCCGCCGAGGCCGUCGAACCCACUACCGAGUCUGCGGCCGAGCCCGCCGCUGAGGCCGCUGCCGUCGAGACCACUGAUGCUGCUGCUGCCGCGCCUGCGGAGACCGCUGCUGAGGCCGAAGAGAAGAAGGAGGAGAAGAAGACCAAGCGCGCCUCCAUCUUCGGCAACUUCUUCCAGAAGGUCACCAGCCCCUCUCAGGAGAAGUCUGAGAAGGAGGCCACCGCCCCCGCUGAGGAGAACCCCGUCUCCAGCACCGCUCCCCAGCUCGAGAACCCCGUUGAGGAGGCCGAUGUCAACCCUAUUGAGCCUGAGGUUGUGACUGCACCUGCCGUUGAGGGUGAGGCCGCCAAGGCUACCGAGGAGGUUAAGGAGUCCCCUGCCGCUGAGGCCUCCACUCCCAAGGACAAGCGCCGCACCUCGUUCUUCGGCAACUUCGGUGUGAAGAAGGAGAAGAAGGCCGACACCUCCGACAACGAGGUCACUGAUGGCGAGAACAAGGAGACCAAGGCCAAGUCCUCCAAGCUCGGCGGUUUGUUCCGCAAGCCCAGCAAGGCUGUGAAGCUCGACAAGGAGGAGGUCGCUACCGCUGAGACCGACGCCAAGCCCGAGGAGGCUGAGGAGACCAAGGAGACCGCUACCGAGACCUUGCCUGCUGCCACCGAGGAGGUCACUCAGCCCGCUGAGACCACCACCGAGGAGGCCAAGACCGUCAACGUCGCCACCUCCACCCCUGUCCAGGCUGCGGCUUGA